AUUGUUACGUCCAUGCGGUUUCUGAGGAAAAAGAGUGCGCACUUUGCGGUUAUGUUUACUCGGUAGAACGAUAUUUUUAACAAAGUCGUGUAACGCACUCUUUAUUAACAUUUGUUCCAACAAUGGCAGGGCGGGCUCCGUAAACUCGGAACGUAAAUACAUUCGUUUGUGCCACUUUCACACACGAGUAGUCGUAAUUUACAAGGAACAAUGGCAAUGCACGAGAAGAAGAAAAACUGGACGAACGAGGAGCGUUUAACGCUCGCCGCCAAACUGGAUGACGAGUUGAGCGAGUACAUCGACAGCUUGGAGAAGAAGAAAUACACGGAAGGAUGGUCGGAGGACAAAUGGCAAGAGGAAAUGGACAAACAUCCCUUCUUCAUGAAAAAGGCGCCAGCACCCGGCGACGAGCUGUCUCCACUGAUGGAGGGAUUACAACAGCUCAAGUAUGGAGAGGACGAGAAUACUCCUGAAGAAUUAGCGAAUAAUUACAAAGAGGAUGGGAACUUCAACUAUAAAUACAAAAAGUAUCGUCUCGCAAUUAUUAGUUACACUGAGGGGAUUAAAACCAAGUGCAAGGAUCAGGAGUUGAUGGCUCAACUCUAUAAUAACAGAGCAGCUACGCAUUUCAUGUUGGAAAAUUAUAGAUCAAGUUUGCAGGAUUCUAUGCUUGCUUUAAAUUUUAAACCAGAAUAUCCCAAAGCUCUAACUCGAGUUGCUGUUUGUAGUUUCUACGUUAAGAAUUACAAUCAGUGUAUUGAGUUUUGUGACAAGCUUCUCAGUCAGACACCAGCUGAUAAAGAGAUCUUGAAGUUAAGAACUGAUGCGGUAGUUGCAAAAGGAUCUUUCGAAAGAGAUAAGAGGAAGCAAGUAAAAUUGGAAAAAAAUUUGGAGAAAGAGGGUGAGAAAUUAUUGAAAGCAGUUUCAGAAAGAGGUAUCACUGUUCUGACAAAAAACAAACUAAAGCUAGAAUUGAGUGAUCUGGAACACCACGAGCCACACAUACUACAAGGAAAAGUAGAAUUGAACGAGGAGGGCAGGCUACUAUGGCCAGUGAUGAUUCUAUAUCCAGAACCAAUGCACUCUGAUUUUGUGCAGAGAUUUCACGAAGAUGUGCCAAUCAUAGAACAAUUAACAGAUUUAUUUGAAGUGCCUCCUGAAUGGGAUACAAAACAUGAAUAUCAUGUAAAAAAUAUAAACGUAUAUUUCGAAGGCAAAAAGAAUCGUUCUAUUCACGCAGUGGACAUUCAGCUGACACUGGGUGAAAUACUACGGGACGAACGGUUUAUAGUCCGUCACGGUAUCCCAACGUUCCUUGUAUUGGUUAAAUCCAGUGAGGCGGAAAGAUAUUUUCUAACGCAAUAUGAAAGAAGAAGGAACGAGGGACAACGGUCUUCCUACGGUUCUUCCCUCCAUUGGAGCUUCUUCUCGCCGAGAACCGUGGAAGGUCACUCGCGAAAAACGGCGAACCACUACGGGGUGCACUACGCGAACUCGUACGCGUGCAGCAACGGCGCACCGAGUGUAUACACCACCGGCACCGGCUGCACCGCCAACGGCUGCGGCUUCAACGUGCAGCAGCUGCAGCCGUCGUCGCAGCAUCACCAUCAUCAUCAUCAUCAGCAACAGCAGCAGCAGCAGCAGCAGCAGCAGCAGCAGCAGUUGCUUCACGAGGACUACCGGCCGAUUUACUUCUACGUGGCGCAGCCCUACACGAUCCCGUACACUUUCGCCAAGCGACCGAAGCCAGCGGCGUCGUCGUUGCUGAGGACCGUCGCUAAGCCGUCGUCCGCGCGCAACUGCCGCGUCAAGUUCUCCAGGAGGCUCGGCAACGCCGACUUCUCGCAGAAGGUCAAGCAAGGCGAAUUCUCCAGGAGUCUGAAUCAAGUGCACUUCGCGGAGAGUCACGGCCAAGUGCUCGCGAGCUUCCCGAAAGCUGGACCGUCGUCGCGCGACCCGAGGAUGACGUCGAUGUUCCGCCGGGGCACGAUCUUCGCGACGUUCUUCUUGUCGUUGCUGGGCGGUGGUCUCGUCUGCGCUGCCCUGGUAACGCAGCACUGGGUGGAGGCGCGACCGUGGAGGACGCCGAAUCCUCAAGAGAGCGCCGGCAGGAUUCAUUUCGGUCUGCUGCAGGGCAAGAAGGAAUUAAACGUCGCUUACGGAUGGAGGACAUAUCACGUGUCCGUUCCUCAAAUGAUUCGCCAGGAUCCGUCGGUCAUGUCCUGGUCCCUGUGGAUCGGUACUCUGACGACGACAUCGGCUGCUCUGGUAGCGGCUGCGCUCGCUGCACUCUUAGCAGUUCUAAACACGGCUACUUCACCGAGAUCGAAGAUUCUGGCUAUUCCCAGUGUAUACUUCAUAAAUAUAUUAACACUAUUGAUGUGCUUAGCAAGCACUUGCACUUGGUUAGCGCAAUAUUAUACAAAACUGUACAUCAAUGUGCUUCCAAAGGAGGACAUCGACAAUAUGUGGACCAGCGAAGGCUCCGCUGAGCUUGGCUAUUCAUUCUGGCUCGUCGUUAGCGCCGGCGUUGUGCACCUUAUCAGCAUAGCAUUGGUCGGCUGGGGAUCAGGCAGAGAGAAGGAUGAUCGUCUGGAACCAAUACCUGCGCUCGAAGAGAAGACAGCCGCGGCGAUAAUGUUAUAUUGAACGUUGCGACGACGUUGAUGAAACAAUGGGACAUCCACGCAGCUGUUUGAUCGACAUUGACGCGCGUGUAGUUCGCAAAUUGGCAGUGUCCACAUCUAAGAACGAACAGACGCAGAAACUGGAUGAACGAUUUGUGUCUCGCGCAGUUCCUAUUGAUACCGUCGAGCGUCUCGUGUGAUCGCGAUGUACAAACUGCCAAAAACUUGUAUGGAAAAAACGCUUUAUUAUAACUUAUACUAUACAUUAUUACGUCUUACUGAUAAGGCCGCAAUCUAGACAAUAAUCAAAUUCAGAUCCGACCGGUCUGAAUCGAUAAGUUGAGAUUUCUAUUGUUAAACACUGCAAAACUGCAAAACUACUACUGCAAAACACUCGUAUACAGACGUAUGUGUGUAAAUGAUGCGCUAUCAAAUACGAGACGGCACGUGAGAGUGUCGUCCAGUUCACAUACGUUACUUCACUGCCGAAAGUUUUUUUUAUAUUCCCAAUAUUCGAUACUCGAGAAUAAUUCUCUUUAGAUUUAGCGCUCUAUUUCUCUUUUAUUUUUUAUUUUUUUUUUUUUACAAAGACGAUUACUUUGACUAGACUGGGCUCUUUAAAACAAUAACAUACGUGGUUUAAGUAGUUGUAAAGAAGAAUAUAUCCGAUAAGUAAACAUGGCGUGCCUUUUCUUCGAGGCAUAGAAUUAUUUCUCGCGCAAUUACUUCUCGGUAUUUUACUUCUUUUUAUAUAUAUAUAUAUAUAUUUAUAAAACGUACGCUUACGUUAAUUCGCAGUUGAAUUUAAAUUGUAAAUCGCAUGUGAAACGCGAUAUGAAGUGUAAAUACAAUAGCAAGUUCCCUCUCCGACGUUAUUUAUUUUAACGAUGUCGUGAGUAUGAUAAUAAGACUGCGAACAAAAUUACGUUAUACAUAAAAUAAUAUAAUUUCGUUUGCUGUUUUAUUAUUAAUAUACAAGGUGGCCCACUGAAAACGAAAUAGAUGUGUUUUUGGCAAUUAACUUCAUUUUUUCAAAAAAACGCUUGGACACAUCAAUUUUAUUUGCAAGAGGGACAUGUUAAUUAACUAUUUCUGUUCAUCUAAUUUCCAUCCUAUGAGAGAGAUUAAUUUCACCAUAAAAAUUUUGAAUAGAAAGGAGUGUCUAAUGACAUAUCAUUUGAAAGUCGCUGACGAAUUCGCUUUGCAAUAGUAAAUAGUUUUGAUUUUUUAAUUCUGAUUAUUUUACUUCUUAAAUAAACGCGUUCUAAAGAAAUAGUAUUUAUUACAACUACAACCCCAAACUCACAAACUUGCAACCCCAAUAGCACAAAUUUCCCAGGGACAUUCUAAAGACGCCCAGAAGUCGUGUGUGUUAAGAAUAUUCAUGGAAUAUCGUGUGCUGCCUGGAAACUUACGUGUCAGCGUAGUAAAUAUUGGAAAUGACGACCAUUAGCUUGCAUGCAAUAAUAAAUAAAAAUUAUUUCAAUCCUUUCCGCAAUCGAAUUUGCAGAGACAACGAAUACUAGGAAAAUAACGACAUGUUACUUGUCGAUAAAGACAUAGAUUGUGGUCCGUUUAGAUUUAAAAGGCACCGCAAGAAUGUUUUUCUCAAUGUAAACAAUACGAAGAUUGAAAUCCGCAGGUAAACAAAUACACAUAGACAAACGAAGAGACAUUAAAGCGAAUUCAUAGAACUUUCAAAUGGUAUGUCGUUAGAUCUCUUAUAAUAGAAAAAAUAAAGUUGACGUGUCCGAACUUUCAAAUGGUAUGUCGUUAGAUCUCUUAUAAUAGAGAAAAUAAAGUUGACGUGUCCGAACGUUUUUCAAAUGAAAAAUGAUAUUACCCACACAGCAGGAAUGUCCCAAAUACAUCAUAAGGAUAUCUUGAAGAUAUCACAUAUCCUAAAUAUAUUUUUAGGAUAUCCCUAUGAUAUAUUUUGGACACUUCUGCUGUGUGAGUAAAUGUUAAUUUAACAAUAUGCCUGUUUUGUUUUCGAUGGGCCAAUCUCGUAUAUAUACAUACAUAUACAUGCAUUCUGUGUACAUUCUCUUUGUUACAAAAGCUCUGUCGUUAUUGUAUACUUCAUAAAAUGGCUCAUGUGUAUUGUACAUGGCGGUAAGUUAGUCGUUAGUGUGCGGCAGGAAGAGAAAGAUCUCUCGCGAAGAGAGAUAUAUGACGAUAAGAAUACGCGGGAUAAUAUAAAAAGAACCGAAAUUACAAAAGCGAAGUCUUUUGAUUAUGCCGAUUAACUUGUUUGCAACGGGAUAUUGUUCAUCGUGUGCGAAACGGAGAAGGGAAAUAAACGAUGAACAUGUGCGCGUGUGUACGACUUGAGAUACCGCAUUUGAUACUGCUAAGUUAACAGCGAAGAUUAGCUCUGGAGAAGAAAAUAAAGUUAACUUGUAUCUCACGCACAUCGUUGGACUUUUUUAUAUUAUUCUGCGGUAACAUUUAUCGUUAUUAAAAGAAAGAAGAAUGGCCCACAUUAUACGAGAAUAGCUUACUCGGACGGUAUGGAAGUGCCUUUUCGUGCCUAUUGUCUUACGCGUGGCUUUAUUCUCCCAGGCAGAGGAAGAGUGUUGAGUCAAAGGAGCGUGGAGUACUAAUCGUAAAUCGAGCACAAAGAUAAUUAUUAUCGUAAUCGAUUUAUAUAAUACGAGCGAGGGAAACGGAGAGUGUGCGACUUUAAAGAUUAAACGUAACGUAUUUAACUAGAGUUAAUUGAAUCGAUCUUAUGUAUUGACGUAUGGCUUACUUUUUAACGUAAUUACCAUGUUAAUUUUACUAUUUAUUCAUUUUUCCAAUAAUAGGAAAACUCUCGAACAUCAUAAAAAAUCUACUUCUUUUUCGCAAGUGUCAUCUUAUGGACAUCUGUUUCAAAGGGUUUGAGAAAAUUUUGAGCAUGCAGUUUCUCGUUUCUGAAGUCAUCAGUUAAGAGGAUUUGUUUCGCCGUAACGACGACAGAUUAACAACCUUAAUUACACAUACACACUUUCGAAUAUGUGUAUAGUCGAGACUGCAGAAGCAGGAUCUUUCGAUUAUAUCGAUCGAUUCGAUUAUAUCGUCGAGCUGUCCUUUACCAUGCAAACCAUAAAAAGGGAAAAGAAUGACAAACGUGUGUGCGUAUGUAUGAUUCGAGAUACCGCACACUUUACUACUACAAGGAAUACUCGCAAAGUAUCCAUCCCUGAUUUUCAUGAGCCUUGGCAAACUUGUAAAAUAGUCAAAAUUAAUAGACAUUUUUUAUCUGUUGAGACGCAAGUUUAAAUUAAAAAUACUCCUUAAAGUUUCAUCACAUGGUGAUUUCUAUCAUAUUGGUAACUAUUCAUAAGUUUUACAAAUAUCUUUUAGUUUUUCGUAUAAAAUAUAAUGGUCUACGUAUAGGAGGAAAAUAUAUAAAUAAUCAGUAAUAUUCCAUAUUUAAAUAAUAUGAAUAUAGAAAUAUACGUGGUCGCGCGCAUUUCCGUGAACCGUGCUUGGUAAUGCGAGAGUACUCUACCAUGACAUCGUUAUGCACGCUACCAAGAACACGGUUCACGGAUGUAAACUCGCCUAAUCAUAUGCUAUGUGAGUGGAUUCAGAUUAAAAAAUAAGGUCACUUUUUCGUCAUUGUAGUAAUUGUAAUAAAUUAAAAAUUGAGGCUGGCAAAUUAUUUUGCUUAAAACUAGUUUUUAAUAUAUGGACCAUUGUAUUUUAAACAAAAAAAUAUCUAAUCGUUAUAUUUUAAAUAAAAAAAAUAUCUAUCCGCGUUGGAUAUACGAGAAAAACUUUUCAUAUAUCCAA